CACACUGGCUGUUUGACACACGCUCGUGACCAAGGAAGACAAACAGAGAAGACAGCAUGCACUGCAAUGAGAACCUGAUCAACUAUCUUAGCUUUGGGAUCAUCCUUGCAGGACUGUGGCAUCUGUACCAACACAAGAAAUGCCAAACUUGCUAUGGCCGCCACUUGGCACAAACUCCUCAAACCAGAUUGGUCCCUGCCCGACUGGCUUGGUUCCUCCAGGAGUCCCCAGCUCUUCUUGUCCCUCUGCUUCUGAUGCUCACGUCACAAAAAGCCUCCAGCGUGGGGAGGAUGCUCCUACUUGGAACCUUUUGCCUGCACUACUUUCACAGAACAUUCAUCUUUUCACUGCUGACUAAAGGAAAACCGUGCCCCCAGAAUGUGAUGUUAGGAGCAGGUUUCUUCUGCUCCGUGAAUGGAUUCUUGCAGGGCCACUACUUGCUGCAUUGUGCUCAGCUGGAUGAGCAGAUGUCUGACUGCUGCGUUUGCAUUGGCUUACUAUUGUUUUACACGGGGAUGGCCAUCAAUAUUCACAGCGACUUCAGCUUACGUAACUUGAGGAAACCGGGAGAAGUGAUUUACAAGGUCCCAACAGGAGGCUUCUUUGAAUAUGUGUCUGCUGCCAAUUACUUUGGAGAGAUUCUUGAGUGGUUUGGGUAUGCCAUGGCUACUUGGGGUCUUCCAUCGCUUUCGUUUGCAGUGUUUACUGCAUGCUUCAUCGGACCGAGAGCCAUUUACCAUCACAGGUUUUACAAGAGGAAAUUCAAGGACUACCCAAAGUAUCGAAAAGCUUUGAUCCCAUUUUUACUUUGAGAAGCAUUAAUAUGUCAGUAAGGGCUGCAGAGCCAAAUACUGCAUAGAUGUGUAUUUGUGUUCAAGCUAAUUUUACUCUCCAAAGCUGAAUAGCAAGUGUAAAUUGCAGGUGUACCCAUCAAGUGUGGUGACAGUGAGUCACGUUGAAAACAUCAUGCAUGGAUAUGAUGCAGGAGUGCUACACGCUUGUCUUACUAGAUUUCAAUUGUCCAAUGAGACAGUUAUUGGUCCUAAGGAUUCAGCGAAGGUGGCAUCCUAUUAACCGCUCUCUCUCAAGAACCACAAAACUAGUGGUGAGACAGACACAGGCCUGGCCCUAACCAAUCUGGCGCCCUAGGCAAGAUUUUAGGUGGCGCCCCCCCACAUCGGCAGUGAAGUGUAUAUACUCACAAGAAACCGAAUAGCUUUAUCUUUGACCUUUUUUUUUACUUAAAGAAAGCAAAUUAACAAUCAGAAUAGUUAACAAGAUAAAAAAAAUAUGGAUAAAUAAAUCAAUACAAAAAAUAAAAAAUGAAUACAUGAAAUACAAUAUUUUUACAUACAUAAACACAAAAUAAAAUGUGUCAACAAGUUGCAUAAAAUACAUUAAAAAUACAAUAUAAAUAAGGCACUGCACAAAACAAGAUAUCAAACCAGUAUGACUUUAACAACUAUAUUACAAAAAAAAGGGGAUCCUACAGAGUUCUCUAUUUGUGCUUUUUAAUAUUGCAUUAACUAGAAUGACUUACAAAUUACUGUACACCAGGGAGUACUGUAAUUACCUAACGUUACAUUAUUAUUUUCCAUAACAAUUUAGCCCCCUCCACAAUAUUAACCCGACGUUAAAACAGAACUAGCUAUUUAUUGAUUAGCAAUUGACGAAUCAUGUAACAUUAGCUUAAUGCUAAAAAGCCAGGUUACUAUCACAUUCUGUAAAAGACAAAUAAUUUCAUGUAGGCUAACGUUACCUACCUGCUACCUCUGUCUUUUUCUCGUUUCUCCUCUUCUUUUCUCUUUUUUCUUCCCUGGGCACCUGACAGUUUUGGCCGUUUUGACAUCUUGUGUUGAUUUUUUUAUGUGGUGACGUCCAAAAAGAGUCAUGAUACGGGAAGGGAGGGGGCGCACCGUGCCGGGGGAGGGGGGGCGUAAUGUUGUAACAAAUAAUAUUUCUAUUAAAUAGGCUUUACUUUGCAUUUUAAUUAACGUGGGAUUAUUUUAUGUAUUUAGAAAUAAUAGUACCAACUUUUUUUUCCCCUCCAAUAUUUGUGGCACUGGCGUGGCGCCCCCUGAUGGACGGCGCCCUUAGCAUUUGCCUAUACGGCCGAUGCCACGGGCCGGCCCUGGACAGACAGAAGGGGGAUCUCAACCUGUAUAAAAUUGUGCUCCAACAGGUACCUUUUUAUCGAGCAAUACUAGGAUACUCAAUACAGUAUAGCACUGCUAAUUGCAAGCUGGCAGCGAGCACCGCUAAUUAUUGGUUGUAAACUACAGAGCGCUAUUUGAUAGCUUUUGUAAAUGCUAACAUGAAUAUGAAUAUGAUUAUUUAUUCACACUUUUAUUUUUAACCUGCAAGGUAGAGCAAGUACGGUGGGCAUGCCACUGCCAUUUCUUAACAUCACUAAAGUGGGUGGGAUCUACGUUACUAUUUACAUUCGUGGAAAAAGUUCCAAGGGCAGUCAUAUUCUUAGAAGUGUGUAUUAUUGUUGCAAACUCCUCAAUAAAAAUGUGAGACAUGUGCAGGACUGAA